UUGAGGUGGCUUGUUCCACAAAUCUUAACAAGGUUACCCAUAGAUUCAAAUGCAGUAUUAAACAGUUAAAUCAACUUUAAUCAUUGGUUCACAUUUAAAAGUACUCCUCAGAUUACAUAUAGUGGAUUCAGAUUUUGGUUGACAUGGAUUUUUAGAUUUCCUUGUUUCAAUUACAAUAUUACCUUGUUCUUGAAAGCAUAUCUAUUUUUCCUUAUAUAUCUGUUGUUUGGCUAACUCCUUUGUGAUAUGCUUGCUGGCACCAGCUCUCAUUGAGCUUGAAUUCUUUUAAGUACUUCAGAAGACAAUAAACUUUAUAUGCUCAUCUUUUGUUUAAAAUAUCUAUGAACUAUAAUAUUUUAGUGAAGAUCUACAAAAUUCAUGGCCUACAACCAAUAGCUCAAUAACUUUGUAGCCUGUUCAAAACAGAAUGGGGCAUCUCUGCUCCUUCCUGCAAUAAUACAAAUAGAAUGUCUUUUUCCUGGUUUCCAGAUUGAUUCUAUCUCAUAGUAAAAGAACUUUGUGGCUCUCAAACUAGGCUUAAGCAUUUAUCUUGCUGUGUUUUCUUGCUGUGAAAAAUCCAAUUUGGAAGGAAAAUAGAUAUAAGAAUGUUUUAUUGGAGAAUGUGUUAGAUGAAAAAGAAAGGGAUGGAUUUUCCUUCUUUGCAAUUUUGUAGGCCCUGCAGUGCUUUUUGCCAGUAUCUUAGCUACAGGAAGAAAAAAAAACACUUUGAUUUCUUUCAUCUGUUUUCAUAGAAAAGAGGGAAACACUCCUUAGUGGGUUCUUCCUAGAAAUAUUAGCAGCAAAGUAUAAUAUUGAAUAAACAUUUUCUCCAUGAGAGUUAUGGAUAGGAAGGGCCAAUGGCAAUACAAGCAAUUAUUUUUGACAAUGGUAGGCGGCUUAUAAAUAUCCAAGAAAGUUACUGAAAAGGAGAAAAAAGAAGGCAGAGAAGAAUCGGUGAUAUUAAUAGAUGCCUGACCUUUGUUUUGACAGUUCCACAGUCCACCCAACGUGCCCUCCACUUCUGUGCACCAAGGAAGAGCCACAGACGUCUACCACACCUCUCCGCAUCCUAGCUGAAUCACAGGACUCCUUUGAGAGACAUAUCCGGAACAUCUUGUGUCGCACCUCUGCAAAUCCAUUGUUGCUGAAAGCUGCAGAUAAAGAGUCUUCCCCUCCCCCAGAAGAAUGCCUUCAGCUUCUAAGCAGAGCCACACAAGUUUUCCGGGAAGAAUAUAUUCUAAAACAGGACCUGGCUCGAGAAGAAAUCCAGCGAAGAGUAAAAUUGCUGCGUGAACAGAAAAAAAAACAGCUGGAGGAUCUACUCUGCUGUGGAGGAGAAAGGAAAAACUUGAGGGAGAUGGCAGAGCGUUUGGCUGAUAAAUAUGAAGAAGCCAAAGAGAAACAAGAGGAUAUUGUGAACAGGAUGAAGAAAGUUCUCCGUAAUUUCCACUCACAGCUGCCUGUCCUGUCCGAUAGUGAAAAGGAUAUGAAGAAGGAGCUACAAACAAUACAAGAACAACUGCGGCAUUUAGGCAAUGCUAUCAAGCAGGUUAAAAUGAAAAAGGAUUAUCAGCAGAAAAAAAUGGAGAAGGGAAAUAGUCCACAGAAGCCGAGCAUCAACCUCAGCACCAAUCAGAGGAAAUGUAUCCAAGCUGUUCUGAAAGAGGAGGGAGAACACAUUCAGGAGAUGGUGAAACAAAUAAAUGACAUCAGGAAUCACGUCACCUUUUAGUCAUCAGACUAAAGACUUACAUUUUUGGAAUAUUAAACGUAACCAGCUGCCUUUUUCCUAAUUUAUAAACGGAACUAUUUUUUACAAAAAGAGCCACUAUUAAAUACUCGUUAGAGGAUGCAUCUGAUUAUAAUGCAUGUUGCAGCAUUCUACAGAAGGCCUAAUGCUAAAGACAUUUCACUUCCGCCCUUUUGAUACUUCGUGGGGAAAAAGUAAGGGAAUUUUGUACUUCCUGUGUCUUCAACUUAAAUAUAUGUUUGUGAUAACACACUGUUCAUUUCAAAAUAAAAAUCAAUACAACCACUGUACCAAAUCUUUCCAUAUAGAUCAUCUUCUGAGCUAACUGUAUAAACCCUUCUUAGAUCAACACAAUACAUUUAAAUAGAAAGAAGGUAUGAAAAGAAUUGCAAGACUUUUCUCCUUUAAUUUGGAACACUUUUGCAGGAUACACUUCCAAUUACAGUUAACAAAUGGUUACAUUUUUUUAAUUCAAUAGACAGGAUAAUUUUACAUCCACAGUUUCACAGGACACCAGUGGCUUUUGCUGGAAUGCAAUAUAAUUCCAAAAGUGGAAUUUGAAGGUUAGUUUUUUUUAAAGUAAGGGGCUUUAUAGAUUACUUACCCAUCUCCCACCCUUAUUCUUGUCCACACAGUGUUGUUAGAAGCUAUAUAGUUAUGCCAUAGGAGAUACAGAAGUGAAAGUAAACCAUUUGACAUGUUGGAAGAACCUGUUGUGAACAUAUUAAGACUGUACAAGUCUUCCAGUAAUUCUUUGACCUUUUAGUAUACAUUUUGCAUACAAAAGGACUGUACAAUAUACAGAACAGAGCUAACCUUACUGUUCUUUCCUCUCAUUUUGCACACAAUUCCUGUUUAAAUCAGUACUGGUCACUGCAUAAUACCUAUUUGUAGUAGCUAAGCCUUUGAAUGAGAGAACUGAAAACUAAUGGCAUAAAUCAAUCAUAACAUUAAAAAAAAGUCAGCCAUACAGCCUUUUUUUUAAAAAAAAAAGUUAAUUAUGAAAGCAAUUCAAUUUCAAGAUCAAUUUUGAAAAACAAGGAUUUCCUGCUAUUAAAACUAAUUUUCCCUUUUAAAAAAAUUUGUGUGAACUAGCAGCAUAUUCUUCUCGGGUUUGUAGACUUGUGGAUUUACAGUUUUACAUUGUCAAUAUUUGUUUAAUUAAAUGUAUACAAUUUAAAUUUAGUACUACAGAUCUAUCUUCCCUACGUUCUCUUCCACAAGUUUGUUUCUUUCCCCAAUGAUUCUGAAAUACUUCAGGAUGAAUAGCAGAACAGUACUUGGUCGCUAUGCUAAAUAGAAUAUUAUGCGUCUGAUUCAUGGUAUAAUCCUUUCAUUAUGUGUAUCAUAGCUAAUCUCACCAUUUAAGAGAUUAUAGCAUUGCCUCCCAAUUAACACAACACAUGGUUUUUAGCCAAUUUAAUACAAACGCUUAGAUGAGGCAGGGGUCUUUGAAAAUGCUCCUUUCCUAAAAGGAAAGCUAUCUUUGCUCAAAGUUAAUGAUGUACUAAUUGCAUGAGCAGGAUUAAGGAAGAAGGGUUAAGUUCAUUUCUAAUACGAUAUUAAAGAUGCAAAGAAACAUGCUAAUGAACUUCAUUAGAGUAAACUCUUCAUUUCUAAGAAUAAGUCCGCUUAUAGUUUCCCUGUAAUGUUUUUCAUAUUUUUUUUUCUAACCAGCAGAUUGAAACAGACUGGAUUCCAGCAAAUGCUUUUUGAUUUUGUACCAGUUACAUAGUUAGAAUUUACAUGGAAUCAAGUUGCCCACACACUCUUCCUCCUCCUCCUCCUCCUCCUCACCUCAAUUAGUAUCCAGAAAACCUGAAACAAAUAAGCUCCAUUGCCCACCGAAAAAGUAAAAUAGAGUGAAAGCUUUCUUUCAACAAUGGGAAAGUAUUCAAGCUGCUCACACCGAUCUACAAACCAGUUAUUGGAUCAAUACUUGCCUGUUCAAGAAGCAAGUAAUAAACAUGAUUAAAUUAGAUUGAUUCUGGUCUUUAGAAAAUGAAUGUCAAAACUGAUAGUUACACUCUUGGUAGCAGGUGUGGAAGAAUUGGGAAUGAACACUUGCUUGCAACUCCAUUAGCCCAUUUCAACACUGAUCUGUUCAACUACUGCUUGACCACAAGAAUAAAAUCCAAUAGAAAUACAGAUUAAACACAUUUUAUCUACUUUACACUCAUCCUAUUUAAAACAAUUCCUAGGGCUUUAGAAGCUCUUAUUGGAACCCAGGUAAUCAUGCAGCCUUCUGACUGGAAAUUUUUUAGUUAUUUUAAUUACAUUGUUUUAAAAGUUCCAUUUUAAAUUUAGAAAAGCAUCUUCCUUUUCCCUCAAGAGUUGGAUCACAGCAAAUCAGUUGCAUUCACGUUCUGCUGGAACCCUUCUAUUAUGGAGUUUAAUGCAUCUUGCAUGUUCUGAUUGCAAGUCCAGAACAAGAUUUUCCAGACCUGUAUCAUGAGCUUUUCAAGAGAAACAUUCAGUCCAAGCAUAAACAUAACUGCAGCUUCACAAACGUUUCCUAUCUCAGAGGUGUUGUAGCAUUAUCUUAAAUGUAUAAUUUUAAACCCAAUCUUCAAACAAAUACAAUGCAAAAGGCCUUUUAGAACACAGGUGUCAAACCUACCACGUCAUGUUGCCGUCAUAUGUUGUUUUUCCCAUGCAUGGAGGUGGGGUGGGCAUGCCUUGCAUGUGACGCAUCCAGCCUGUAGGAUGCCUGUUUGACAUCUCUGUUCUAGAAUCUGGGUAGAGAUUCGCAAAACACCUCUGUACUAGAAGUAUGAUACGGCUUAGGUUUUUUAACGCCAUGGUAAUCAAAUGCGUAUUGAUAAAUGUGAUGAACUCAAGUCCAUGUAUUUCAGUGAGAAAAGUGUAAUGCUGGAUGCAGCCAUAUGCUGAUAUUGUGCAAUGUAGCUUUUUUGGGGGGGGAGUAAUGAGGGAUACUAAAGCAAUUUAUUUUCAUUUGCUUUUCUUUCUAUGAUGAUUAACCUUCACUUCCCUGACUUUUGUGUCUUAAGAAUUUAGGUGACUUAUUUUCCCAUUCUAAUUAUCCAUUUUCCCCCUGUGCCUUUUUGGAAAAAAAUUGCAGCCUUCUCUCUAAUCCUCUUCUGCCCAUAUUCUGUCUAUGUUUUUAGUUGGGGGCUCUUCCAGCACAACAUUCAAGGUACAAAAAAAUGUACUGAGCUAGAAAAACCCAAAAUCCAGUGUCCUGCAAAUAAAUUCAUAUUUUAAUAUAAAAUAUUAAUACAAUAUACUAUUUUCCCCUUCUGCCCAACUUG